AUGGCUGACCGCAACGAACGCACGCCACUGUUGCAGCAGCGAUACAGCGAUGUGGGAGAGUCACGAACUGUCCUUCGACUAGACGACUUCCCCGGUGAUGAUCCUCGAGAAUGGCCGCGAAGGAAGAAGCUGGCCAAUGUAGCCGUGAUUGCAGGCAUGGCUGUCCUGAGUCCACUUGUCAGUUCAAUGUUUACUCCAGGUAUCUCACAGAUCGCCGACGAUCUCAAUACCUCUACAACCGCCGUCAUUGGUACAACAACCGGAUUCGUAGUCAUGCUUGGUAUUGGGCCCUUAUUUCUGGCUCCGCUAUCCGAGACGUUUGGCCGCAGGAGAAUUUACAUGACAUGCUUCUCCAUAUUCGCCCUCCUGCAGAUCCCCACAGCUCUCGCGCCUAACAUCGCAUUCCUCAUUGCCGUGCGAAGUAUUGCGGGGUUCUUUGGGAGCGUGGGAAUCGCGAAUGGCGGGGGGACAAUUAGUGAUAUGUUCGUUCCAACCGAGAGAGCUGGCGUAUUCGGCUGGUAUCUACUUGGACCCCUCCUAGGACCUACUCUGGGACCGUUGUUUGGAGGCAUCAUCAUACAGAGAUUGGGAUGGCGAUGGGUCUUCUGGAUUAUGACGAUUGUCUGCACCGUCAACACAUUGGCCGGUUACUUCUUUCUCCGCGAGACGUACGUGCCUGCUAUCCUCGCUGCAAAGAAGGCGGAACUCGAGAAAGAGACUGCUGAGUGGGACGGAUCGAAGUACUCUUAUGAAGGCGAAGACACGAGUUCGAUGCGUCGAAAGAUAUUCCGGGCAUUGACUCGGCCCGUGAAGAUAUUCGCCCAGCCUAUCGUCGCAACGAUGGCUGUCUACCAAGCUCUUGUCUUUGGCACCAUGUACAGCAUCUUCACCAAUAUGCAACCCAUCUACGGUGAGGAAGGUUACGGCUUCGACACUGAGAAAGUUGGGUUACUGUACCUUGCUCCCGGACUUGGUAGUCUCACGGCAGUAUGGUUCUUAGUUCCACGUAUCGACACGGUAUACAAGCGAUUGACCGAACGUAACAACGGCAAGGCAAAACCCGAGUUCCGUCUCCCUCUCGCCAACAUUGGAGCUGUAUUACUCCCUAUCUCACUCUUCUGGUUCGCAUGGACAGUCGAGAAGCAAGUCCAUUGGUUUGCGAGCAUCUCGAGCACUUUCUUCUACGGCAUUGGUCAGGUGAUGAUAUUGAACACCACGCAGAACUAUUAUAUCGACAGCUUUGAGAAGUAUGCUGCGAGUGCGAUAGCGGCAGGCACUGUAUUCAGGAGCUUGGUCGGCGGCGUCAUACCACUGCUCAUGCCGGCGUUGUUCGACAAUGUAGGGUAUGGGUGGGGAAUCAGUACAUUCGCGUUCGUAAGCUUGAUACUUGCGCCGGCGCCAAUGUUGUUCUUCAUGUAUGGCGAAAGGAUCAGGGAGCGAUUUAUGAUUGAACUAGAGUAA